AUGGCGCCAACGUGCAGCGCGUCCGAUGCCUCGCAAUGCAGGACGCUAUUGGAACCCGGCACGAUGAGCAUUGUGCAACCCCGCCACUGCCCACAACUGCCCACAACCUGCAACAAUCUGCACGAACUGUUUGCCGCGCUUGAGACCGUGGCGUUCUGGGACGUUCUGGGACGUUCUGAGCUCACAGGAUGGCGCCAAAGGCUGGGCCACCAUCGCUGGGAACCAGGGCACGCCCUUCCUGCUCCAGGAGAGGGCUUCCCUGGCUUUACUUGCAAACGUUGCCAGUUGACGGGCUUGCAGGAGCUGAGCCCCGAGAUCCCUGAGCCCAAGAGCACCGAGAGUGCCCAGAACGCUGAAGCCGACGCAGAAGUGCAGCUCUCUGCCUUCUGA